AUGGGCUGUGCUGAAUUUUGUGCAAUAAUUUCCUUUGUUGGAACCAUUUUCUUGUGUAUUUUAGGUAUAAUAGUAGCUUCAGGCACUAAAUUUAUUGAUUGGGAUUUAGGUAAUCAUAGAGAUAGUACAAAAUCAUCUUUAUUUAUCACAGCUGCCCUAUAUUUCGUCUUCUUCUUGCUCUCUAUGAUUUAUAAGUGGAGAAAAGAUAAGAGAUUGGCUGAAGAAGCUGCUUCAAAAGCUGUUGGCAGAAGAAGACUUAUUUCUGGUGAUGACGAUGGUGAUUCACAAAACAAUCAACCUAAUUAAAUUAGAUCUAAUAAUUAUGCAAUUAAUUGA